AUGGCUGCGGUGACAGCCACCAGGGACGGCCUGGACCUGCAUGAGGAGUGGCAGGACGAGGACUUCCCCGGGCCCCUGCCGGAGGAGUGCCCGGGGGCUGGGGGUGCCCCACGGCGCAUGCGGAGGCGGCUGCCGGCGCUGGAGCAGACCGAGAGCGCCGAGCGCUCGCCCGACGCCAGCAUCGACCUCGACCUGGAUGCGCUGGAGACGCCCUCGGGCAGCGACGGCUUCGAGUGGGAGGGUGAGACCCGGCCAGGGCCCCUGCCGGAGGAGUGCCCGGGGGCUGGGGGUGCCCCACGGCGCAUGCGGAGGCGGCUGCCGGCGCUGGGGCAGACCGAGAGCGCCGAGCGCUCGCCCGACGCCAGCAUCGACCUCGACCUGGAUGCGCUGGAGACGCCCUCGGGCAGCGACGGCUUCGAGUGGGAGGAGGAGCUGCCGCACACCUGGGGCUUCGCCGAGGGGGCUGGCAGCCGGCGGGUGCCGGACACGGAGGACGAGCGGCCGGAGGAGAGCGUGGAUCUGAGCGCGGUGGAGCCCUACAGCCGGGUCCUCUCCCACGGGGGGUACCACGGCGAGGGCUUCGGCACCAUCCUGCUCUUUGCCGCCUGCCACCUCCCGGACAGCAGCAUCCCCCGGUAUGGCUACGUGAUGGAGAACCUGCUCAGGUACAUCGUGGGCACCCUGGAGAGGAUGGUGGCCGACCGCUACGUCCUGGUGUGCCUGAGCGGGGCAGCAGCGCGGGGGCAGAUCCCCUCCUUCAGCUGGAUGAAACGGUGCUACCGGGCUAUGGAUCGGUGGCUCCGGAAGAGUCUCCAGGCUGUGAUUAUCGUCCACCCCACCUGGUACAUCAAGGCACUCGUGAUGCUCUCCCGGCCCUUUCUCAGCCCCACCUUCAGCGGCAAGGUCCGGUUCGCCGCCAGCCUGCGGGAGCUCUCCCAGCUCGUCCCUGUGGAGCCAGCGCACGUCCCCGAGCCCGUCCGGCGGCUGGAGCCAAGCUGGGAUGGCAGCCGGGACGUGACGCGGUGA